GUCUCGUCUAGACACGUCGCAAACCUCCCAAGGUGAUAUACGAUAGCAUGAUGGUAUCAAUGUUGUCGAGACUGGCUACGGCCGUCUGUCUACUGUCAGGUGCCGUCAGCGGCCUGAUCAACCCCAUUAUCCCCGGCUUCAACCCUGACCCGUCUAUCAUCCGAGUCGGCGAGGACUUCUUUGUCAUCACGUCCAGCUUUGAAUUCUUCCCAGGUGUUCCCAUCUACCAUUCGAAGGACCUGGUCAAGUGGGAAACCAUCGGCCAUGCGCUCACAAGACCCUCCCAGCUUCCCCUCCGCGGCACUGCCCCGAGCGGAGGCGUCUUCGCCCCGACUCUUCGAUAUCACAACGGCACGUUCUACAUGACAACCACCUUCUUCGACGCCAUAAGCCCCCCGGACCACGUCAACAAACUCCCGCGCUCCUUCUACGUCAAGACGGACAACAUCUGGGAUGAGGAUUCCUGGAGCGAGCCGGUCUACUUCGACCAGUGGGGGAUUGACCCGGACCUGUUCUUCGACGACGACGGCCGCGUCUACUUCACGUCCACCUUCGCCGAGUUCGUCGACGAGGGCACCUUCGCCAACUGGAUCACCGAAGUCGACAUCGAGACGGGCAACUCCCUCUCGGACUCGCGGCUCUUCCACACCUCGACCGUGCCGCCCGACAUCGCCAACCCGCUCGUCGAGGCCAGCCACCUCUACAAGAUCAACGGGACCUACUACAUGAUCACGGCCGACUCGGGCACCGCCGAGCUGCACUCGACCAACAACUACCGGUCGCAGAGCCUCGACGGCCCGUGGGAGCACAACCCGCACAACCCCCUCCUCUUCAACGGCGCCGACAUGUCCCGCCCCGUCCUGUCCACGGGCCACGCCGACAUGGUCGAAGCCGCCGACGGGUCCUGGUGGGCCGUCUUCCUCGCCACCCGCCCGCAGAACCCGACCAACAGCUCCGGCCGCCCGCAGCUGGGCCGCGAGACCUUCUUGGUCCCCGUGCACUGGGACGAGGACGGCUGGCCCAUCUUCAACAACGGCGAGCCCGUCGUCGAGCACGACCCGGACGUCCUCUACGAUCUCGAGCGGCCGCGCGUCUGGCGCGACGACUUUGACGGCGCCCUGGCCGACAAGAACUACUACUUCCUCCGCGCGCCGUACAAGGAGUUCAUGGACUUCGACGCCGCCCCCGGCAAGCUCCGGCUGCACGGGAACCCCUACACGCUGUCGCACCGCGACACCCCCGCCGCGCUGCUCCGCAGGCAGGACGCCCUCAACCAGACGUUCAGCACCGAGCUGAGCGCCUUCGAGCCCUCGUCGCCGCGCCAGGAGGCCGGCGCUGCUGUCUAUCUGAACCUGCACUAUCACAACGAGAUUGCGGUGACGCUGGACGGGGAGACCGGGGAGCGCACCGUCGUGGUGAGGACGCGUACGGGCCCCGAGGCUACGCUGAACGAGACGUUCAUCCCCGACGAGGCCGUGGCGGCCGGCCAGCCUGUGCGGUUCUUUAUCGAGGCCCGGGAUGUUGGGUACCGUCUGGGGUACGCCGCUGGCAAUAACACGUGCUCGCCGAAAUGGGUUGCCAGCGUGGAGAAUCAUAACCUCCAGGCGUUUCUUGACGGGUGGCAGAACUUUGUGGGCACACACUUUGCCAUCUACACCACUGGCAACAAGCUGCCCAUUCUGAACCCUGCGGACUUUGAAUAUUUCCAGGUCACUCUGCAGUAGGUUUGAGUAGCUGGCGGAAGUUUCGUUUGAGCUUGGGAAAACGUUGAAGCAAGCACAACUUGUAGAAGGGUUAACAGUAUAAUUACUUCUAUACAAUAGAACCUGUAGCUUUCCUGGCAGAGCACGACAAGGAUAUCCGUUGGAAAUAUCAUGACUGUCUGAGAGCUAGACUUGGGC